AUGCGAAUUGUCUGUUUGGGACUGCUCCUUUUCAGUCUGACCCGGGCAGCACCAACAUUUCAACCACAGGGGGAGAAAACUAAGCAAGACUGUGUGGAAGAACAGAGGAUAACGUACAAAGGCCACCAUGAGAAACAUGGGUAUUAUAUGUUUAAGUAUGUUUACACAUCACCUGGGAGGAAAAAUCAAACUGACAUGAAGCAGGAAGGAAAGAACAAAGACAAUACUGCUCUUCACCGUUCCGGCAAGAGACACCAAGAGCCUGCCCCUAGAGAAAACACUGUCCAGGAAAACGAGAAAGCCUUGUCCCUUCUUGGAGCCAAUGAAAUUAACAAAAGCACUAAACCCCCAAAUCUUUUUGAAAACAGACCGACCACGAAUGAAGACUACAGUAUUAGUAACAAAGAAAACGCCCACAGUGACCUAAAGAUGUCCACUUACCCUGAACUGACUGGGAAUCACAGGGCUGAGGGGGGACACAGUGCUGUCAGCAAACUUCAUGACCAAGAGGAAUACGGCCCAGCGCUCAUCCGAAAUAGCAUGCAACACGCAGUGGAGCCGGGGGCUGUGACUGAACUCUUGGAAGAAAACAAGAACAAACCCAAGAAUGUUCUAAGCAAGAUUCCAACAGCUGUAAACUAUGCUAAGGCCCCCUCAAAAAUUAAGAAGAACCAUCAAAGUGAUUCCCGAGCCCAGAACACUCUAGUGAAAAGCAGAAGUGCCCACCAUGUCCAGCACCACAUGGACUAUCUAAAACAGCCCCCCAAAGUCAAAAAAGUACCCAGUGACUUUGAAGGCAGUGGUUACCCAGAUCUUCAAGGAAGGGGGGACAAUGAUAUCGCUCCUUUCAGUGGAGAUGGUCCACCUUUUAAGGACAUUUCUGGUAAAGGAGAAGCUAUUGGUCCUGACCGGGAAGAUGCAGAGAGUCAAACAGAGUUUUCCAGCCCAAGUGAAGUCGAGACCAUCACCCCCGAUGCAAGAGGACCAGGUUACAAUGAGAUCCCGGAGAAGGAAGGAAAUGGCAGGAAUACGAUUGGAACCAGGGAUGAAACAGCCAAAGAGGCAAAUGCCGGUGAUGUAAGCCUAGUGGAGGGCAGCAACGACAUCAUAGGUAGCACCGAUUUUAAGAAACUCCCUGGAAAAGAAGGAAACAGAGUGGAUGGCGGCAGCCAAAGUGUUCAUCAAGGGAAAAUAGAGUUUCAUUACCCUCACACACCCUCAAAAGACAAAAGAAAAGAUGGCAGUAGCAAUGGGGCUGAAAGUACGAAUUAUAAUGAAAUUCCCAAAAAUGGCAAAGGUAGUAGCAGAAAAGGCACAGACCAUUUCAAUAGGAAGCAAGUGACUUCAAAUGAAGAACAAACAUUUCCAAGUAAGGGCAAAGGUCAGGGCCGGCUCAUUCCUUCUCCUGGUUUUGACAAUGACUUUAAAAAUGAAAUAGGUUCCCAUAAUGGCCGCAAUAAUGAGGGGACCAUAACACACAGCAGGAAAAAUCACUAUGUACCCCACAGAGAAAGUAAUUCUACGUGGAAUAAGGGUAUGCCCCAAAGGAAAGGGUCCUGGGGUUACAGAAGACCCCAUUACAGUAGGAGGGCUCGGCCCCCUAAAAGGCACGACAGUAGUGAAUCAUCUGACAGUGGCAGUUCGAGUGAGAGCGAUGGUGACUAG